AAAAAUUCCAACGACGAGUCAAGUUACUGAUAAAUUCAUGAAACUUAAAAAGGGAGAUCUAAAAACACUAAAACAGCGAACCCAAGAACAGAGAAAAAAAGCAUUUGGGUUUCGAAAUUAAAGUAAUCGGAAAAGAGCUGACUUUUUUGGUUAUUCCGCAUUUUGGAGUUCGUGGUGGGACUAUAAAGAGACGAUUGAUGAGAUUAAACGACCUUAGGGUUUCUAAUCGGAUUUAAAGAGAUCUUGGAAAUGGCAAUGGCACCAGUAAUUAAGCUGGUUUUAGGCUCAAUCGCCUUUGCCAUUUUCUGGGUAUUAGCAGUUUUCCCUUCUGUACCGUUCCUACCAAUUGGUCGAACCGCCGGUUCUCUGUUUGGUGCGAUGCUAAUGGUUAUCUUCCAAGUGAUAACCCCUGAACAAGCUUACGCAGCCAUCGAUCUCCCGAUCCUCGGUCUUCUCUUUGGCACGAUGGUUGUCAGUAUAUACCUGGAGAGAGCUGAUAUGUUCAAGUACUUGGGCACACUGCUCUCUUGGAGAAGCAGAGGACCUAAAGAUUUGCUAUGUCGAGUCUGUCUUGUUUCCGCGGUUUCAAGCGCUCUUUUCACAAACGACACGUCUUGUGUGGUUUUAACAGAGUUUGUGUUGAAGAUCGCUAGGCAGAAGAACCUCCCUCCUCACCCGUUUCUCCUCGCUUUAGCCACCAGCGCCAAUAUCGGAUCUUCCGCUACUCCCAUUGGGAACCCGCAGAAUCUUGUGAUCGCCGUUCAAAGCAAGAUCCCGUUUUGGGAGUUUCUUCUUGGGGUUUUUCCUGCCAUGGCUGUCGGUAUUACUGUCAAUGCUUUGAUUCUUCUCGCUAUGUAUUGGAGGUUACUGUCUGACCAUAAAGACGACGAAGAAGAAGAAGAAGUGGAAGAAGAAAAUGCGGUUUCUGAAGCUGUUGCUGAGGAAGACGUCACAUCUCAUCGGUUUUCGCCAGCUACGUUACCACAUCUCAGCUCUUUCAGAUCCCAAGAAUCAAACUUGAGAAUGGAUCCUGAGACGCUCAGAAACAGAGCGGUUUCUGCAGGUGAGAGCGAUAUAAUGAACCGUGAUUCAAAUGCGUCAAACGCAGAGUCUCAGGGAGAGAGCUUCAAUACUAGCAAGAACUGGAGAAGAGUUUUAUGGAAAUCAAGUGUUUACUUAAUCACAUUAGGAAUGUUAAUAUCUCUGCUUAUGGGUUUAAACAUGUCGUGGACCGCAAUUACCGCUGCUCUAGCUCUUGUGGUUCUUGACUUCAAAGACGCAAGGCCGUCUCUCGAGAAGGUAUCGUAUUCGCUUUUGAUAUUCUUCUGCGGGAUGUUCAUAACCGUUGAUGGAUUCAACAAAACCGGUAUCCCUACGGCUCUGUGGGAUCUAAUGGAGCCAUAUGCGAAAAUCGAUCAGGCCAAAGGAACCGCGGUUCUAGCACUUGUGAUUCUUGUCCUCUCCAAUGUAGCCUCUAAUGUACCAACCGUGCUUUUGUUGGGAGCAAGAGUGGCGGCAUCAGCGGCUGCAGGGGAGGAGGAGAAGAAGGCGUGGCUGUUGCUGGCGUGGGUGAGCACUGUGGCUGGAAACUUGACGUUGCUUGGUUCAGCUGCAAACCUGAUAGUGUGUGAGCAAGCUCGUAGAGCAGUGAGCCAUGGCUACACUCUCACUUUCGCCAAACACUUCAAGUUCGGUUUACCUUCAACACUCAUCGUUACUGCCAUUGGUCUACUUCUUAUCAAGUAAACCAUCAUAUACUGGGCUCACUCUGUAUAUGCUUUCUUUUCUGUUUGUGAAGGAAUUUUAUUCAUUUCAAGAAUCAGUCUACUGUUUCUUAAUUUUUACGCACUUUUGUAAUUCAAGAUUCAUUGUAUCUUUUCACAAUGACGAAGAGAGCUUUUCAUUUCUCUUUGUAAGACAUUUACAAAACAACAACCAUCUAUA